UUUUAGCAAAAGAAUUAUGAAAUGAACAUUUUUCGUUUAUCAGCUGACUUAGCUCAUUUGGUAGCAAUUCUCAUUUUGUUGUGGAAAAUAUGGAAAACAAGAUCCUGUGCAGGCCUUUCUGGAAGGUCCCAAGUUUUAUUUUUGUUAGUUUUUGUGUGCCGUUAUUUGGACAUUUUUACAAAUUUUGUGUCAAUUUAUAAUACUGUUAUGAAGUUAUUCUUCAUUUCUUCGUCAGUAGCAACAGUUUACUUCAUUUACCAAAAAUUUAGAGCCACUUUUGAUAGAAAUCACGAUACUUGUCGAAUUGAAUUUCUUGUCCUCCCCAGUUUUGUUUUGGCGCUUUUAAUCAACCACGACUUUUCCUUUUUUGAGGUUUUUAUUAAUUUUACACAAAAUCUUAGGUUUUCUUUCAUUUUAUCAAUUUUUACUUUCGCCUCCCCAUUUAACUGA